AGUGCCUUGCUAUCAACAGAGUAGUUAAGUUGUUAGUUGUGCAAGAAUAUCAAUGGCUUCCCUUGAUAGUUGUUUGAUAUGAUUGGUGCUUUGGGAGUUACUUGCGACCUGCUACGUGUAGAUGGCAUCCCAGGUUUUGGGAAAUAUUGUUUCUUCUGCUAAAAGUGGUUAUGAGGAUAUAUCUGGCUCCGAGUACAACAGUGAAAAAAGCAGAUUUUCUGUUGCAUUUGUAAAGAAGAAAGAAACAAACUCGGAGAAAGCGAUUCUUAUCGACAAUGGGAAGAAGAAAUCAGUUCUCGUUGAUCCCGAGUCAGGGAGCACCGGACCUGAGGGUCACUUUGCUCUCUAUGAGGAUGAGAUCAAAGAGCGACCACGAGUUGCAACCCUGAUUGGAGCGCUCGCAAACUACACCAACUUAUCACAGGGUGCGAAGGAACACGAGAAUGAGGAAGCGGGGAGUGGAAAGCAGAAGAAGGCCGUGAAAAUGAGUACCAUCAUGGGUGUCUACCUACCAUGUGUGCAAAAUAUAUUGGGAGUUAUUCUGUUUGUACGUUUGACAUGGAUUGUUGGCUUGGCAGGAAUAAUGGAAUCUUUUUUCAUUGUUUUGUUAUGCUGCGUCACAACAUUACUCACAUCCAUAUCUAUGAGUGCCAUUGCUACAAAUGGGGUCGUUCCAGCUGGUGGUUCGUACUUCAUGAUAUCCCGUGCCCUCGGCCCUGAGUUUGGGGGUGCAGUCGGCAUCUUGUUUUACCUCGGGACAACGUUUGCGUCAUCCAUGUACAUUCUGGGAGCCGUGGAAAUUUUGCUGAACUACAUAGCCCCAGUAAUCACAUUGUUUGGUCCAUUCACCGGCCCCGAGAACCGAGGUGCAUUGCUCAACAACUUCCGUGUGUAUGGGUCAUGUUUUCUCAUAUUGAUGUCAACCCUUGUGUUUGUUGGGGUGAAGUAUGUGAACAAGUUCGCAUCGUUAUUCCUCGCAUGUGUUGUCAUAUCAAUAUUAUCCAUCUACGCCGGUGUCAUUCAAUCAGCUUUUGGCCCAAAGUCAACAGAGUUGUGUUUUAUUGGAAAUCGCCUUCUUAAGUUAAGUGGGGACAUGAAGUGUGCGAGGUUCUAUAAUGAAACUAUUGGGAAUGACACGGUUACAAUGGCAACAACAGUGUACAACACAUACUGUACCAACGCUACGGUAGGCAACCAAACACAGAUGGUUUGCGAUCCAUAUUUUGAAGCGAAUGUGUUGCAACAGUUGAAAGGGGUCCCUGGUAUUGCAAGCACCGUACAUAAAGACAAUGCCAUGUCCCAUUACUUAUCCGCCGGAGCCCCCAUCACCACCGACAGACUAUCUGAAGUCCCAGCAGCAGACGUACAACCCCCACAGUUACCCACAGGAUAUCGUACGUGGUUGGUCGCUGAUGUUUCAAGCUCGUUCACCAUUUUACUCGCCAUCUUCUUCCCCUCAGUAACAGGUAUUAUGGCGGGCUCGAACAGGUCAGGUGACCUGGCAGAUGCUCAAAGGUCGAUUCCUAAAGGAACAAUCGGUGCCGUGCUAACUACUGCCUUUAUUUAUUUAUCAUCCGUUGUGUUCUUUGGGAUGGUGGUUGAUGGUGCUUUACUGAGGGACAAGUUUGGUGAUAGUAUUGGCAACGAGUUGAUCGUAUCCAUCAUAGCAUGGCCUACCAAGUGGGUGGUGUUGAUUGGUGCGUUCCUAUCAACAGUAGGUGCAGGGUUGCAGUCGCUUACUGGGGCACCAAGGUUGUUACAAGCGAUUGCUAAAGAUAAUAUUAUACCUUUCCUCAAAGUGUUUGGACGAGGAAAGCUCAACGGCGACCCCACGUGGGCACUUCUACUUACAUGUUUCAUAUCGUUGAUCGGGAUCAUCAUAGCUGACCUUGAUGUGGUCGCCCCAAUUAUUACAAUGUUUUUUCUGAUGUGCUACAUGUUCGUUAACCUCGCAUGCGCGUUGCAAACAUUACUAAAUACUCCAAACUGGAGACCAAGGUUUAAGUUCUAUCAUUGGACAUUAUCAUUCGUUGGCAUGAUUAUGUGUAUUACGUUGAUGUUCAUAUCAAGUUGGUAUUACGCGCUUGUUGCAUUAGCACUUGCAGCCGGCAUAUAUAAGUAUAUUGAAUACUGCGGAGCCGAGAAGGAAUGGGGAGAUGGGUUACGAGGUCUACAACUUACCACAGCAAGAUAUGCAUUGUUGAGAUUGGAGAGCAGACCUCCACAUACUAAGAACUGGAGACCACAGUUACUGGUCUUGUUGAAAGUUGAUGAGAACUUGAAACCCAAGAAUCCUCAUAUGCUUGCGUUUGCGCAACAACUUAAAGCAGGGAAAGGUCUCACCAUUGUGAGUUCGGUGAUCAAAGGAAAUUACUUGGAUAGCUAUCCUGAAGCGCAAGCUGCUGAACAGGAGCUAAAGAAAGCCAUGGAGGAACACAAGGUAAAAGGGUUCCAACAAGUCCUGGUGUCCCAGGAUGUCUCGCAAGGUCUCAGUAGUAUCAUCCAAACAUCUGGUUUAGGAGGGCUACGACAUAACACAGUAAUGUUCGGGUGGCCUCAUGGGUGGAGACAAAACCCAGAUCCCAAGAAUUAUAAAGUUUUCCUUGAUGCCAUUCGAGCGUCCUCCGCCUCCCAUAAUGCGAUCCUGGUCCCAAAGAACAUCAGCAACUACCCAUUGAAGGUGGAUAAGUUGGAACAAGGCACGAUAGAUGUUUGGUGGGUUGUGCACGAUGGAGGGUUGCUCAUGCUGCUGCCUUUCCUACUAAGGCAACAUAAGGUAUGGAAGAACUGCAAGACACGAAUCUUCACGGUUGCCCAACUUGAAGACAACAGCAUCCAGAUGAAGAAGGAUCUUGCUGUGUUCCUCUACCACCUCAGGAUCGAUGCUGAGAUUGAAGUUAUUGAAAUGCAAGACUCUGAUAUAUCAGCAUACACGUAUGAACGUACUUUAAUGAUGGAACAACGAACACAAAUCCUCCAACACCUCAAUUUAUCAAAGCGUGAAUCUGAGAGAGAGGUAGGGCACGUUGUGCAACGGUCUCGAAGUGUGCGGUUCCAAUCGCCGUACAAAACUGUGCACGAGAACGCGGAAGGAACGCCCGAGAGUCCACGGCGUGGCACGCAGGACACGCGGGACACAGAUUCCCUCGUUUCAAACGAGUCGCACGAUAAACAGGAUGAACAUGGAAAUGAGAUCACAAGCGUGAUGGGACGACUGGGUCGAGGUAGUUCGACCACCCAACCCCCCCCACCUGCUGCCCCUAUUGAUCAAAGCCAGAUGACAUGGACUCCCGGCAAACAUCUGAUGACGAACGCAUCAACAUCUAGUGGUUUGACGAGGACUGGAUUCGGAAACCUACUCGAUAUUGUGCCUCAAUCCACCAAUGUACGACGAAUGCACACGGCUGUUAAAUUAAACGAAGUAAUCGUAAACAAGUCGCACGCGGCACAACUUGUCAUACUUAACUUACCUGGGCCACCGAAGGGCAGCAACGAGUCAAGAGAAGCAAACUACAUGGAGUUCCUUGAGGUGUUAACUGAAGGAUUGGAUCGUGUGUUAAUGGUUCGUGGUGGUGGAAGGGAAGUCAUUACUAUCUACUCCUAAUCAUGGACUUACCUAACACUAAUGUACAGUCUUAAUUUUAACGGUGAAACUACCUUGUAACAAAAGUGAAGCUGAAUAUUCAGCGUAAAUGCUAUUGAAGGAAUACAUACGUGGUAUAUACGUUACUGCUGCUGCAACAACCACACUCAUUAGAUACACCAUAUAGACCUAAGCAGUAUGACUCGUUUUUGCUUCCGUAGAUUUAUUCUCUGUAUAUUUUGUUCAUAAUUUAUUUCUUUAUGGUGAAGCUUUAAUACUUGAAACAUAUUUGACACGUUUAGUCUUCCUAAGCAUCAACUGAAACAAAAAUAUCCUUUACUUUUCGGCUUGUAUGGCAUAAAAUGUUAAUUUUAUUCCAACAUUUUUAAGGUUGAACUUUUGCCGAAAGGCAGAUAAAACAUUAGAAUAAAAUUAUGGUUUUACCAUAGGAGCCGGAAAAUACUAUUUUAUGCGUGAUAACAAAAGUACUGAAAACAAAAGAUUGUUUAAACCAAUGAAGCUUUAAUACACAAGCAAUAUUAGAUACUUGUAUCUACAAAAUGCAUUGUUAACAAAAUCAUCCAAAGCAAAACCACUGUCUGGUCAAAUCUCAACUUAAAAUGCGCAAAAUUUUGUUCUUUUAGUUUUUCUUGCUUUAGUUAUGCCUAUCUAAUAUUGUAGCAUGCGACGUCAUAUACAAAAUAUUGGCACAAUGUUUAUUAUUUGAUUUUAUCGUACUGUGUGUCAUUCAAUACGAUUGAAACCUACAAAAUACGGUAUUUCUUUCCGUGGAACUCAAAACGUACGACAUCUCAAGUUCUCGAAGUGUUUUGUAGUUUGUGUAAAACUGCUGCCAAUAAAAACGUUCAUUAACUUAUCGUAA